CUGCUACUUUCCUCUGCUCCCUUGUGCUUUCACUAUUGUUAUAGUCUGUCUACAGUUUCUUGGAAUAUUUUACUUGUGUGUUAUGAGUUAAAACUGGGUAAUGUAUGUGAAGUAAUGAACCUUGACCCCUGUCUCACACAAUAUAUGAAGUUAAUUCCAGAGGAUCAUAGUCCUAAGUGUGAAAGUUAAACAGUAAAAAUUAAUAUGUGAAAAUGUCAUUUUUGGAGUAGGAAAAUUUUCUUAAAUAGGACACAAACACUAAUCAUUAAAAAAAAAUGGUAAAUUAAAUUCCAUUAAAAUCAAGAACUUCUUUCAUCAAAAAGAAACCAAUAAAACAAAAAGGCAACUUUCAGACUAGCAGAAGAUAUUUUCAGUAUUCCCUAUAUAUACAACAAAGAACUUGUAUUCAUCAUAUGUAAAGAACCCUUACAAAUUAAUAAAAUAAAAAAGAUAGACAACCCAAAGGAAAAAAGGCAAAAACUUGAAUAAGCAUGUCACAAAAGAGGGUAUCCAAAUGUCCAGUUAGCGUAUGAAAAAGUGCUCGAUUUAAUUAGUGACUAGGGAAAAGCAAAUGAAACGCAAUGUAAUCCCACCACGUAUCUUCCAGAAUGACAAAAUAAUGAUGGGACAGCCCUGGCCAGGGUGGCUGAUUUGGCCGGAGCAUCAUCCCACACACUGGAAGGCCGUGGGUUUGAUUCCCUCGUCAGGGCACAUACCUAUGACAGUGACAUACGAUCACGGACCCGGCUGUCUGUACCCCCGACGUGUGCUGCCGGGAGCGCUGACGGUGCCUCAGGCCGAAGAUGCCUCUCUUUGGCAAUACGUUCAGUCCGAAGAAGACGCCCCCUCGGAAGUCUGCCUCGCUCUCCAACCUGCAUAACCUGGAUCGGUCCACCCGCGAAGUGGAGCUGGGCCUCGACUACGGAACCCCCACCAUGAACCUGGCGGGACAAAGCCUGAAGUUUGAAAAUGGCCAUUGGGUAGCAGAGACCGGGGUCAGUGGAGGCGUGGACCAGAGGGAGGCUCAGCGCCUCCGGAGGCGGAACCAGCAGCUGGAGGAGGAGAACAACCUCUUGCAGGCAAAUUACUCACCUGAUCUGCGGGAAGAACUCCGCUUCUUCAGCCAUAACAUAGACACGAUGGCAGCUGCACCUGUGAAUUCUCUGAGACCACUGCCGAGUUCCAAAUAAUGAAGAAGGAGCUGGAAGAACUGAAGAGUGUCAACCGGAGAAGGAAAUGAAGACCCCAAGACGUUGGUUAGGAGAAGAGGGAGAACUCGACUGAUCGGAGGAGUGGACUAUCGCUGAGGUUCUUAAGCUGAAAUGGUAGAUUAGGCCCCUGGAGAGAGGACCACAAAUGGAGCCGAAGGCACUGGCACCCUUGAGUUCACAAUGGAGAGGUGAUGACAUUCUGGAGGAAAUCGGGGUUCCAGGCCGGGGCAGUACAUAGCAAUGUCCUCUGGCUGCCCAGCUCAGGGAGGCCACGCUGUGAACGAGGCCUCUGAGGUCUGGAGCGGUGCUAAGACUCUGGGUGCUCUCCAGUCACUUCACAUAUAAAUGCACUGUCCCAGCUUCACUCUCACUGCACGGACUCUCUUGGGAGAAGCAGCUGGAGCCCAUCAGAGCAUCCCCUCGCACGGUGUUCGGGGCGUGGCCCCAGUUCUAAAGAGCGCUGACCUCCGCCCUUCAGGCCCCCUCUGUGUGCUUUAAAGAGUGUUUGCUCCCCAAAUCCAUGUCCUCUGGCUUCAGUUUCUCAGCAGCAUCACCAGUCUUCUAUGCAACACUAUAUUUUUUGCUACUUUCUUGUUUAUACUACUUUUCCCCCUUUUUUUUCAAUAAAGAUUUUAAAAAUAAAAACAAA